AUGUUGGCGCUUCAUACCGCCCUCUACGUCCUCCUGGGCACUGCCCUAGUCUUUGCUAUCGUCGAACUGGGUCUAUCCGCCUAUGUCGUCUCGGGAUACUCCGGUAAUGCCGAAGAAUGGAGCUGCGACGCCUUCACAUGUGGCUAUCACACUGUCAAGGUUUCCACGCCAGGGAUUCUGGCUUUCCUGGUCUUCGUGUCUCUCUGGACGAUGAUCGUCUCGGUCGCCGCCGCCGUCUUGCCCUGGUUCUAUGCGCGCAAGGGAAAUGUCACCUCUAAGUUGAAUAUGACUCUGGGAAUUUCUACUAUCGUCGUUUACUUUAUCACCUCCGUCUUUUGGUUGGCUUGCUUCGCCGAUAUCGUGACCAUCUUUGGCGCCGGUAAUGUCUAUAAUGAUUACCUGAAUGCGGUUGUUGCCUUUGCCGUCCUUCUUUGGCUCAUUUUCGUCGCCCUCGUCAUUCUUACGAUCCUCACUGCCGUCGGCGUCCUCGUCUCCAGCUGGCCCGGCCACCAGAAUAUGCGCCAGAACCGUACUUCGGGGACUGCCCCGGUUCAUGAUGUACCCAUGAGUACUGCUCCCCCUGCUCCUCUCCCCGGUGCUGUCCCCUCUGAGCUAUCUGCGCGCGAUGCUGAGGCUUUGCAUGAUCAGGCACACAGCCAAUCCCAUAGUAUCUCUUCGCCAUCGGCCGUAAACAGUGCGGAGCUCGACGGGGGCAACGGGCAUAAAUACUAG